AACGUCAGAACCUUACAUGAGUCUGACAAUCCACUAUAUUGACGGUGACUGGAAACUCUCCAACUUGUGUCUCGAAACCAGCUUUUUCCCCGACGACCAUACAGGGGAAAACUUAGCUAACGGACUAAAAGACUUUCUCCAGUCUUGGCAGCUGAGCGAAGACAAACAGGUCUGUGUGACGAUGGAUAGUGGAGCCAACGUCGUGAAAGCUUUGAAGCUGAACAACUGGAUGAGACUGUCAUGCUUUGGCCACUGUCUUCACAUUGCCAUUGAAAGAAGUGUGAGGGACUCAAGAAUUGACAGAGCAGUUGGAGUCUGCAAGAAAGUUGUGAAUUUCUUUUCGCACAGCUGGAAGAGGCAACAUGCACUUGAGAAUGCUCAGAAAGAAAUGGGCUUGCCACAACACAAGCUGACAACAGAGUCUCCAACAAGAUGGGGGUCACGGUACAAAAUGAUCAUGCGCCUGCUGGAGCAGGAAAAGGCCAUUACGCAGGUCUUAGCAGCUGACAGGGCAACAAGACAUCUUGUCCCGUCGUGGCAAGACAUUGAGGUUCUGGAUUCUGUGAGCAAAGCUCUGGGUCCACUACACGAGUUCACGGAUGCCUUGUCUGCAGAAAACUAUGUGACUGUCUCCUGCCUAAAGCCUGUGCUGGAACUUUUCAAAAGUGACCUGCUCCAGCCAAAGGAUAGUGACACUGACCUCACAAGAAAUAUCAAGAGCUCAGUAGCAGAGUACUUGGGCAAAAAGUAUGAGGAAGAUCCAGAUCUGAUGGAAAUGGUGAAUAUGGCAACAAUGCUUGAUCCGCGAUUUCAUGCAAAGUACCUGAGGCCGGAAGACACUCAAGCAGUCAAAGACAGAGCUGUUGGGGAAAUGAUCCUGUUACUCCCAGGGCAGAGCACCUCUGCCACUGAACCCAGUGAAAUGCCACCAGAAUCUGGACCAGGGGAAGCUAAGAGGCACAAAAAAACUCUUGGAAGCUUCUUUAAAAGGGCAUCAUCUUCAGAAAAGACAAAAAUGUCAAACAAAGAGAUCAUUGAAGCAGAGCUAAAUGCCUACUUGCUAAGUCCCCCAGCAGAUGAAGAGAGUGAUCCUCUUGCAUGGUGGAGGUUGUAUGAGGUGAAGUUUCCCCAUGUCAGCCAGUUAGCCAAAAAGUAUCUCUGCAUUCAGGCUACCAGUGCUGCUUCUGAAAGGCAAUUUAGUACCGGUGGCAACAUUAUCACCUGCCAUAGGUCAGCGCUGAAACCAGCCACAGUAAAUAGGUUGGUUUUCCUGACAAAGAAUUUAAAACUUAACUGUGAAUGUACAAAAAUGUACAACUGUAGCUAAAUGAAAAACUAUCAGUACAACCAAAAGCAAAUAAAAAGAUAUGGAGAAAGGUACAAAGUGCUGGAUAAUGGUAAUUUUCCAACAAGUUUAAGGCAAGAUUCUUCUGUUAAUGUACAUCAUUUGAAGGUGUUUGCUCCUCAAAGUGGAAGUAAUUUUUUUCCCAAAGAUUUUUCUUUAUGACUGUUUAUCUUGAAGUGUUUAGUUUAUAGACCUUGUUGGCUCAAUUGCAAUACACCUUAUGUGGCGGUUUUCUCAAAGUCAGAGAAUUCUUUGUUUUUGAAUCCACCACUGAUUUUGUUUUUCAGAAGCUUUUUACACAAAUAGAGUUAAUCAUAUUGUUUCCAGAAAUGAAUAUAAUAUACAGUAAGCCUAAGGGGCUUUUUUUGUUUGACAACCUCAUUUAAGUACAUUCCCUCUUCUUGAUGUUUACAAGGUAUGGUUGAAAAUGUUGCCUAGGCCUAAAGAUAUUUGUUCACUAAACUGUUUAAAAUGGUUUACAUUUGUGAAAUUUGCACUUGAUUGUUUUUGGUUUUUGAUAGUCAUUUUAGCUAAACACAUGGUAGCUGAUUUCUGACUAAAUGUGAAUUCAAAUAGAUUUUUGAAUAAUUUAAUUUAUAUUUUCUUUUGUUAACUAAAUUUCCAAACCUAAUGUAGGAGCAUAUUGUUUUUAUUUUGGUUGCACAAUAUUUCUUUGUAUUUAUUAUGUUUUGGAGCUACAUAUUUAUGUGGUUAAAAGCCGUUGAAAACA